AAAUAUUUUUUUAUUAUACGUCCGACAGCUUUUAUAGAUCGCGGUCGUAUUCCUACAUUGGUUAUUUACACCGAAUGGCGAAUAAUUAUUGUUAUUAUUUGGUUGCGUGCUUAGCACUAUACGCGUACCCGGUGGUCACUCAAAAUGACUUUAACAAUCCUUACGAUCAAAAUGCUCAGGCGUAUUGGCAACAGAUACAGCAAAGGCCGCAGGACCUCAUCGACCAACAGUUCAGCCGUCCAUCGUACAGUUUCCAAGAAAUCCAACGACAGGCACAGCAGCAACAACAGCAGAGAUUACAACAGCAACAACUGCAACAACAACAACAACAACAACUACAACUACAACAACAAUUACAACAACAGCGGUUACAACAACAGCGAAAUCAAAAUUUUAAUCAAAACCCAACCAUGUUUCGGGAAAGACAGAAUUAUAAUAGUUUCGCAUCCAGAUAUGCGCCGCCUACUCUAAGAUUACAAGCUGGUUCAGCUCCGUACGUUUUGACCGAAAUGAGAUUGGCGGAAAUCCGCGAAGAGUUUAUGUAUUGGUAUUUUGAUAGGGGCGGCGAUAAUGAUCUAGGAGACUAUCAAACCGACAUACACGGAUCUAUGCCUCAGAUUCACAAAAAUUUUAAUUUUCAAUUGCCGUUCUUCGGUUUUAGAUUUAACUAUACUCGGGUGUCAAUGAACGGUUAUUUAGAAUUCAGCGAUCCACCAAAGCAUUACCGGUAUCCGUUGUCAUUUCCGAUUAAAGAGUGGCCAAAAAAAAACGAUCCGUCUUUCAUCGGCAUAUUCUUCAGCAAGUGUCGAAUCGGUUCACUUAGAACUGAUGAUAUCGAUCGGCGCAAACCCGGAGUUUAUUUCCGCCUGGAGAGGGAUUUGCAGGCUCGAACCGAUCAAUUCGGAGUGGAAAUGAGAGAGAGAUUAAUGUGGGAUAUUCGAGAAGGCGUAGUCGGCGCCGACUCGUUUGUACCCAAACACUCGGCUAUCAUUACGUGGAAAAAUAUGUCGUUCGCCGGAGGAAUUGACAAUUCUCUUUACAGGACUAAUACGUUUCAAAUGGUCUUAGCCACCGACGAAGUAUUCACUUACGCCAUAUUCAAUUACGCAGACAUGCAAUGGACUAGUCAUACAGAAGCCGGUGGCGAUACGACAGGCGGCGAAGGGGGAGUACCAGCUUUUGUGGGAUUCAACGCUGGCAACGGGACUAGGAGUUACGAGUAUUAUCCCUACUCGCAAAGAUCGACUAUUAGAGAUUUAGUGGGUCGUGGUUGGGCCAAUAAUUUUCCGGGUCGACACAUAUUCAGAAUUGACGAAAACAUUAUGUUAGGAACGUGUAACAAAGAUAUCGCUGGUACGAAUUUGCCGUUGGUUUUUGCACCGGAAAGUGGCAACAUGUUGGGUGGCACUGUCGUCAAUAUCACCGGUCCAUGUUUUGAACCCGGAGACAAAGUACGAUGCAAAUUCGACACGGAAGAAGUUGUUGGCACCGUAGUGAAUAGAAACCGCGCAGUUUGCAUUCAACCGUUUUUAAUGGCCGAAGGUUAUGUUAUAUUUGACGUGGCGAUUGGUGACGAAAAAUACAACUGGAAAGGAAAAUACUUUGUGGAAACCCCAGCCACAGCUACCGAACGUAUUCGGUUUCAAGACGCGGCGAUACGAGAACGAAAGCCUAAAGAAAUAAAAAUUACCUGGGAAAAACAAAAUCUUACUACGAAUUUUGACGCACAAAUAGAGAUAUCGCUUUACGGUUAUAGAGAAGUGACGAUCGCGCCCGAACUCGUAUUCAUCGAUGUCAUAGCGAAAAAUAUUCCCAAUUCCGGUGAAUACAUCAUAAACCCGGAUGCCUUCGAAGACCGCGACAACACCAAAAACCUAGACUUGACGUUCGGAUUCUUACAAAUAAAACUGACCAAUCCGACGAUGUACUCCGGCAUUUCGAUUUCUCCGAUUCUGUGGAGCAAACCCGUACCUCUGGCGUGGUAUUUGGCGCCGCAGUGGGAACGGUGGCACGGGUCUUCUUGGCCCGAGAAACUGUGCGACAACUGGAUCAAGAACGACAGGUAUCUGAAGAACUUCGCGGCCGAGAUAUUCCAGUGCCCGUGCACGCUAGACCACGCGCUCGUUGACCGGGGACGGUUCCUGCCGGACGCCGACUGCGACCGGGACGCCAACCCGCAGUGUCUGUACAACAAGGGCGCGGUGCACUGCGUGACCACCGGUGCGCCGAGCAUGGAGGGCUCGGAGCAGCAGUGCUGCUACGACAAAAACAAUUACCUCAUGUUGUCCUACGACCAGCAGUGGGGUUCGAGGCCAAGAAGAUCGCACAACUUGGGGUUUUUACCGUGGACCGAGGCCAACAAGGUGCCUACACUAUCCCAGUGGUUUCACGACAUGAGCCCGUUUUUCCCGUGCUGCAUGUGGCAGGAAGAGCAGGCGGUCGGUUGCGAGACAUACCGUUUCGAACGACGUCCGUCUCAAGAUUGCGUCGCAUACCAAUCGCCUUAUGUGGCUACCGUCUUUGGCGAUCCUCACGUGAUUACUUUCGACGAUCUCGAGUACACUUUCAACGGUAAAGGCGAGUUCGUGUUGGUCCACGUGGACUCAGAAAAGUUCAAAUUCGACGUGCAAGGCAGAUUCGAACAGUUGCCGGACAACAUAUACGGCCCGGUAAAGGCCACCACGCUGACGUCCGUAGUCUCCCGCGAUAACACGUCCACCGUAAUUGAAGUCCGAUUGCGACCCCGAGUGGCACAGUGGAGGUAUAGAUUGGACGUUUUUGCCGAUGGUAAACGAGUGUACUUCGACAGACCGGCGUUGAAGGUGCAACACUUUCACGGUGUGACCGUUUACGCGCCUUCUUACGUUUUAAACCAGUCCGAAAUCGUAGUCAUGUUUCAAUCUGGUGCUGGGUUAGAAGUAUUGGAAAACAAAGGAUUCAUGACUACUCGGGUGUAUUUGCCCUGGCAGUUUAUCAAUCGAACUAGAGGAUUGUUUGGUAAUUGGAGUUUUGAUCAGUCCGAUGAUUUUACUUUACCUGAUAGUUCAAUAGUACAUCCUAAUACGUAUGAUUUCGAAUCAGUGCACAAGCAGUAUGCUUCCAAUUGGAUUUUAGAAGACAGAGACGAAAAGAACAAAGGCGGCGCAUUAUUCUUUCGUGAAUACGGUCGAACGGCCAGCUAUUAUGCGAAUCGAACGUUUGAACCCGUUUUUGAAUCCACUCCGGAACUCAUUAUACCCGCUAACCGAUCUGCCGACAUUCAAAAAGCCAACGAACUUUGCGGCGACUCGUAUCAAUGUAAAUACGAUUAUUCGGUUAGUCUUAAUAGGGAUUUGGCAUUUUAUACGUUACAAUAUCAAGACGGAUACGUCAACACGAAAAAAAUGAGUAAACAGAGAGUUAUAUCGUGCGGAGUUUUGGAAACGCCACGUUUCGGACGAAAAAGUAACUUUCUGUUUGUACCCAACACAAAGGUGACAUUCGAGUGUAAUCAAGAAUUUGUGUUGAUUGGUGACCAAAGAAGAUCUUGUUCGUCCGACGGUAAAUGGGACAUACCGGAAUACGGGUACACGGAAUGCUUACGUCACAUCGAGUACGAGUCGCGGAGCGCGUGGACAACGAUCGCUCUGAUUGCGUGCUUCAUAGUACCGUUGCUGGUAGGCAUUUGCUGCGUGGUAUCCCAAAUGUACCGACGCAGCGGCCGGCUGAGUCUGCGGUACCAGACGGCGCAGGCGGCCAAGAGGCGCAACUCGGUGCUUGCUCUGAGCACGGUCGACCUGUCGUCGGCUGGCGCCGUGGCUAAGAAUAAGGGGCGCCGCCGCGACAACGGGGAAAACGAUGAUGACAGUGGUGGCGGCGGCGGCGGCGGCGGAUCGUCCACCGACGAGGAGGAACCGGUCAGUUCGGUGCCCAGUUCCACGAACCCGCGCCGGUCGUACGACGCCGUGUACCGGACGCACGAGCCGCUGCCCGGCAAACCGGAAGUGGACUUCGACCGAACCAAGGUCUGGGACCUGGACGCCGAGUACGAGGGACAGCUGGACAAGGUGGACAAGAGGACGGCCAUUUACGUGCCAGGAUCGCCAACGUCGUCGCCGCCACCGCAACCGCCAGUUGCAGACGCGGCUGCAGGAUGGAGGUCGCCCGCAGGACCGUCAGUAGCGGUCCAAAGACAGAUCCUGCCGUCCAGAUUCAAAGACUCGUUUUGAAAAUGGAAAACAAUAAUCAUUUUUUUUAUAUGUAUAUGUGCGUGUAUGUGUGUGUGUGAAAGGACGAAAUUUCAUUCCAAACAUGAAGCGGCGGCGGUACUACAUAAGACAUUGACAAAUAAUAUAAUAGUAAAACACUACACAUUAAUGUAAAACAUUAUCGUCUGCGGGACUCGUUUGCGUGGGUGCACAAAACAUGAAAUUAAAUUAAAACAUUUACUUAAAAACGAACCACCGAAUAAUAUAUGUCAGAGGUUCUCAAACUUUUUGUGAACGACCCAUUUUGGAAAUUAUUUAAAUUUUGACGACUACCCACAAUAAUAUCAAUGACCUAUAUUUUAUUUUUUUAGUUAUUCGGGAAAAAGUAACACAUAUCUAAAAAAAUGAAACGCAAUCCACUAAAAAAAUGAUUCCGACCCAUAGGUUGAGAACCUCUGGUAUAUGUUAUUCGGGACCUUGCGUCCGAAUCAAUCGUUACCCAUAACACAAUACAGUGACUUUGUACGUAUGUAUUUCUCGCGGUUACUCGGAUUUUUUAUUAUCAUUGUUUAAUAAUAAUUAUUAAGCGGAACAAUUUUACGACUAAUCGGUAUUAAUUAUCAAAUAUUUGUAAUCGUCAACGCGUUCUAUCAUCCAAUGCAUUUAUGUUUCGUUCCAUCAGUCCAUUAAAUUCUUCAGUGAUACCGUCGACAAGUGAUGUUUCGUGAAAUCAAAAUUUAACAUUCUAAAGACUAUGAAAUUUGUUUAAAAAAUGUAGUAGGUACAUAAUAUAAUAUAAUGGAUAGUUUCCAAAUUACGUUUAUGUUGCAGAACACCACUGUGAAGUAAUCAAUCAUACUAUGAACCCGAAUAAAAACGGAAGUAUUAAACGCCCAAACUUUUUAAAUGCUUUACUUAUCGGUGUUUGAACACUCGAAUGGCUGAAUAAACGACUCGGGCGAUAAGCCUUGAAGUCAUCAUUACACUUAUAAAAACACGUACCCUAAUUUAGUUUAGUGUCGUUACUACAACGGAACCUCCUCUCUCCGGCCACGGUUUGGUAUUUAUAGUCGGCCAACCGUCUUCUCGCUUAUUAUACGACGUGCGCGACAAUGAAUUAUUAUAUAUUAACGUUGUUUCUAAAUUUCUUCUUUGAGGCCCCCACCCCCUUAAAUUUCAAAACGCGACAAAAAUAUUCCACAGCGUGUCCUGCUCAGUCUAGAAAACUCCAAACAGUGAUUGUGAUCAGCAGUACCGAAGAAAUCGAUAGGUACCACUCCAUAGUUUAUCGAACAAAAAUUUUUAUAAACGUCGCCGCGAUGACAAUCAUGUGGAAUGAAAAUUCGGCUUUCAAUAUUUUCCUUAUUAUAUUAUGUUUGUAUAUAUAAAUAGAUUUAUAGUUUGUUCAUAAACACCGAUUGUAAAUACAUUAUUAAUUUUGUAUGACAAUCGUACGCCCUUGUACAAUUUAACGAUUAAGUUUCAAAGUAUUAAUUAAAUCGCAAUCGUUUUCAUUUCGCACGAACUGUGUGUGUUGUUUCUUUUCGAGUGUAGGUACAGUAAUUCGUUGUACUGUUGACGACGUCGGGUCGGGUGCCAGCGCCGAAUACGAAUAUGAUUUUAAAACCAAAAAUAAAAUCAUCUCUGUUAGUCGAUUUAGGUACACGCGAGGAAUUUUCAAAUCUCACAGCCGCUACUCACUUAUACGCUCAGCGCAUAUUCGUAACUUUACGAUUACAAUAAAACUAUUGUACACAAUGUCGUAAUAUUCUUAUGUUAGACACCGGAAAUUGGACUCGACAAUGAGAGAUGUCGUCACGAAAAGUCACGUUAAUCAAUGAAUCAUCAACUAACCAUAUUUAUGGACUAUACCGAGUACAGAUAAAUAAUAUAAAGUAGCACAAGUGGAACGACUAUAUUAAUCCGGGAUUGAUGUUAGAAGAUUUUAAAUUAUAAACAAACUAGGGAAAAUAUUCUCUUAAACGACACAAUUUCUCAUUAGGUUUAAAUAAUAAAUAUCAUCGUUACGUUUGCAGUGGCUUGAAUUUAUUUUUUAACACAAUUUGGUCUGUAGAAAUCUCGAAAUAAUCAUAUAGCACUACUUUUUACACUGUUUUCUCGACGCUACGGUAUGGCCAUACAAUAUGGAAAAUAAUAAACACUAAAAAGUAAAAACAAUCGUUUUAUUUUUUAUUUUUUAACGGUCGCUGCACUUUGAAUACUCAGCGAGCCGGUAAUUAAUUAUUGUCCGGGUAGUGCUGCACUGCUUCUAAUGAGAAAUCAAAUAAUAUUAAGAGUGUACAAUGUACAUAAUAUUGUUUAAUCGCGC